AUAUCCAUAGAAACAGAGCUGGCAGAGGCGCUACAGACACAAGCCCGGCGCUGGAGGAGAGAGAGGAUGCGAUCUGUCUCUAUAACCUUCCAGCACUAACUCCGUGUGCCAGCCCCCAGGGCACCCCUUUUUCCUUCCCCGGACACAUCCAUGCUGCUGGAUAUAUAAUAUAGGUUCGCCCCCCGCCUGCACGUCUUCGGAUCGCCCCAGGUGUCCCGUGAGACCCACUGAUCUGGAAGAUUUUUUCUUCUCUCUCUGGGUGGCCACAAAACCGCAAAGCUGUAUCCAACGGGAGGAUCCCUGGAUUUCCCCCACAUUAUGAUGCAGGGAGAUGGACGGAGGAGAAGAAAUGACAAUUAUUUCGACGAUAUACCCCGAUCCAAGCUGGAAAGACAAAUGGCACAGAGUAAAUAUGAUUUUCAGACAGGAGAUUGGGGAGAACCUUCUAUCAGUCUUCGAGCCCCCAACGAGAGCACCGGAUCCAUCCCAUUCCAGUAUUGGCAGCACCACCCGGAGAAACUCAUCUUCCAAGCUUGUGACUACAAAGCAUAUAGCAUGCCAUUUGGGGGAAAAUAUCGACCCAUAGUAAAUCCCGUUCCUCACCCCCAGUGUUCCUGGUCUGUGAUGACAAAGUAUUUAGGUUCAAUGCUGAUUAAGGAACUGAGAGGUACAGAGUCGACACAGGAUGCGUGUUCAAAAAUGAGGAAAUCAACAGAACAAAUGAAAAAGGUGCCCACGAUUAUUUUGACGGUAUCGUACAAAGGUGUCAAAUUUGUGGAUGCAGUAAAUAAGGCUAUGAUUGCUGAACAUGAAAUCCGGAAUAUCUCCUGUGCCGCGCAGGAUCCCGAAGACCUCUCCACCUUCGCUUACAUCACAAAAGACUUGAAAUCAAAUCUGCACUAUUGCCAUGUCUUCACAGCAUUCGACGUGAACUUAGCAUAUGAGAUCAUUCUAACUUUAGGACAAGCAUUUGAGGUUGCGUACCAAUUAGCUCUGCAAGCACGGAAAGGAGGCCACUCAUCAACACUUCCUGAAAGCUUUGACAGCAAGCCCACCAAGCCCAUCCCAAAGCCCCGUGUUAGCAUCCGAAAGGCAACGAUAGAUCAACCUGACCAAAAGACUCUGUCCAAUAUGCCUUGGAUUGUAGAACCAGGCCAGGAAACGAAGAGAGGGAUUAGCACCAAGUACGAAACCACAAUCUUUUAAUAGGGACCCAUCCUCACUUCCUUGGUGUGCCUUUGUACACUCCUCAAAACAACUCCACCAUUCAAACAGCAAUCUCAUCCCCUCCUGUGUGGAUGAAACCAGUGCAGGCGCAGGCUCUGCUGCGUUGGCCAAUUAUAUCACUUUAAACAAAAGAAAGACAAAAUACUGGCAAGUAGAGGAAUCUUAUAUUUUUUGAUGAUUUUUUUUCUUGUAAUCUUUAUUACAGUGUUUUUUUUUUCUUUUCUUUUUUUUGUUCAGCCUUUGGAUUUUAUUGGGGGGAAAAAAAGAUUCUUUAUGUAAAUCAUAUCACGCUCUCUUACAAGCAUUAUGCAUUGAAUUUGUGGCAGUGAAAUUGUAUACAAACUCAAUACACAGUAUUUGGACUUGUGGGAAUACAAUGGUGUACUUAAAUAUUGCAAAAAAAAAGAGGAAAAGAAAAAAACUCAUAUAUUAACUGCCAAGAAAAUGAACUAAACUGAGAUUUAUAUGCACAAAUUGCAUCUUUAUAUCUAAUUAUUGUAUGUGAUUUCAUGACGGAAACAGCAACAUUCAGACAUUUCUGAACAAACUGGGUUUGCUUCACUGUAAAGAGUACUACUUUGUAUAAUAUUUUAUAGGCUAUUGAAUUUGAAGCCUUAUUACUGAACUGUAAAAAAAAUAUUGUAUCCAUAAAGAAUAUUAUUGUCAGUGAGAUGACAAAG